UAUUCAAUUUCAGUGACCUGUUUGUCUAUCCAUAAGUAUUGGCUUAUGCCAAUACUUCACUGUCUUAUUUACUGUAGUUUCAUAGAUGGUCUUAAAAUCUGAUCCAUUCAUUUUUGAGAUAUUUUAGAAACUGUGAUAAGGUACAUUUGUUUGAUUUGGGGGUACAACCAUUUAUUAUAAAAUGAAAAAAAAUUUAUGUAUUAAUGGAAAGUGAAUUAAACUUAGCAUAAGCUAAUUGUUUUAUAGAGAUAAUUGACCUGUUUUUUAGGUUAUGAUAGGAGAGAAUUAGCUUUGCAGAACCUUUGCUUUUAAAAUGGCUUACACUUUAUGUUAACCUAAGGUUAAGGGAUGUUAGAAAUGUACUGAUAUCCCAAAGUUAUGAAAAGAUCGGAAAGAUGGUUAUUAAAUGUGCAAAGUGCUGUAUCAUUGGGAAAGAGACUUAAUAAGCUUUUUAAGCCAUAGUUUAUAAGCAUGGUCUAUUCUGCUUUGUUCUAACAUUCUCUCUGCAGUAAUAUUUUCUUGUAGCCUUAUCCCUGCAUCUUCUAGUGGUCAGUAAACAUCUAUAUUGUUUUUGGAAAUUCAGAAUUUUAAGCAUUUGUAUCAAUUAUCGUUCUAGCAGGAAACAGAAGAUAUACUCUGCUAGGAUUUUAAAGAAAAUUUAAUGAAGUUCCUGUUUAUAAACAUAUGAUGGAAAGGGUCAAAGAAACCAACAUGGCACCUGGAGACUAGCAACAGCAGAAAAUAGCAACCACCUCUAGGGCUGAAGCAGCAAGAAGAAAUGUUGUUACAGAUUUCCAGUGAGAACUAGAGACACAGAAGAUGGGCUUCCUGACAGGAGCUAUGAUUGUUAGAGGGUUGCAGCUUAAACCAAGGAAGGAGCCGGGAAAUAAAUAUCCUGACCUCUUUCUUCUGCCAUCUGAUUUGCCUGCUCGUACCUCCCAUUGGACAAGUCCAAGCAGAAAACUAUAAAUGCAGUCUGCAAGGGUUCAUGAUGGUUCGUAGUGGAAAAAAUGGUGACCUUCAUCUGAAACAGAUUGCAUAUUAUAAACGAAUUGGUGAAUAUCAUCCAACUACACUGCCUAGUGAGAGAAGUGGCAUAAGAAGAGCAGCAAAAAAAUUUGCCUUCAAAGAAAAAAAGCUGUUUUAUGUCGGAAAAGACAGAAAACAAAAUCGUUUGGUAAUUGUUUCAGAAGAAGAAAAAAAGAAAGUUCUAAGAGAAUGCCAUGAAAAUGACACUGGAGCCCAUCAUGGCAUAUCCAGAACCCUUACUCUAGUGGAAUCCAGCUACUAUUGGACUUCUGUGACCAAUGAUGUCAAACAGUGGGUAUAUGCUUGUCAGCAUUGCCAAGUGGCAAAAAAUACGGUUAUUCUAGCACCUAAACAGCACCUUCUCAAAGUGGAGAAUCCAUGGAGUAUAGUUACUGUUGAUCUGAUGGGCCCUUUUCAUACAAGCAGCAGAAGUCAUGUAUAUGCUAUAAUCAUGACAGAUUUGUUCACAAAAUGGGUUGUGAUUUUGCCUCUUUGUGAUGUUUCAGCAUCAGAAAUUUCUAAAGCUAUUAUCAAUAUAUUUUUCUUAUAUGGACCUCCUCAGAAAAUAAUAAUGGACCAAAGAGAUGAGUUCAUUCAUCAGAUCAAUGUAGAACUGUGUGAAUUGUUUGGUACAAAGCAAAUUGUAAUUUCUCAUGCCUCCCAAACUAUUAAUCCAACUGUAAGAACACCUAACACAAUCAAAACAUUUCUUUCCAAACACUGUGCUGACUACCCAAACAACUGGGAUGAUCACCUAGCAGCUGUUUCGUUUGCCUUCAAUGUUACUCACUCGGAACCUACUAAAAAUACACCGUAUUUUCAGAUGUUUAAUAGAAAUCUUUACAUGCCUGAGACUUCAGAUAUUCUUCGUGAAGUGGAUGGUAAUAAUACAAGUAUGUUUGCCAGAAUUCUAGGUGCAAUUAAAGAAGCUGAUAAAAUAAUGGAGAAUAAGACAACUUCAGCGGGCCAGAUGGAGAACAACAGUUUUGAUGAACUAAAUAAAAGCAAAAUCAUUGUUAAAAAGAAACCAAAGCAAUUAAAUCCAUUUCAACUAAAAGUGGGUCAUGAAGUUUUAAGACAAAGGAAAAACUGGUGGAAGGAUGGUCGUUUCCAAUCUGAAUGGGUUGGUCCUUGUGUCAUAGACUAUAUUACAGAAAAUGGAUGUGCUGUUCUGAGAGACAACACUGGGACAAGACUUAAAAGACCCAUCAAAAUGUCCCACCUUAAGCCCUAUGUAAGAGAAUCCAGUGAACAAGACAGUCUUUAUCUCUUACAAGGUUCAGUAGUGGCAGAUCAUGACUACAUUGGAAUGCCUGAAAUUUCAGUUGGAGCAUACCAAGCAAAUAUUCUGGUAGAAGAUGCAACUAUUGGAGUAGUCGACAAUGAAUUACUGACAUCAAGCAAGGAUCGUGAACUGUUAGAAUAUAGAAAUGCCAAAAUGUCUCCCUUGAUAGAAGAUCAUAGUACUCUUGAAAAGCAGACUUUUAGUCUCUUGGACUCUUCAAACCAAGUCCUUGAGUACUUAAGUUAGUGAACACCAAAAUUCAUUUAAAGUGCUUGUUUAGAAAGUAUAUCUCCUUGAAUCUUAUCUUUUCCACUCAAAAAGGUUACUUAGAAAAAGUAUCUUGACAACUCUUAAUGACUAAGUCCUGAAGAUUUAUUUUAUAACUAUUUAUUUAUCUAAAGUUGUGCCUCAUUUGAAUGUCAGUGCAUAUAUAUAUAUAUAUAUAUACACAUAUAUAUGUAUAUAUAUAAAGGCAAAGGAGGUAUAUUACAUAUAUGUCAUUUUUUCUUCUAAAAAGAGAACAGGCAAAGCAUGCUUGCUUCUUAGGAAGUAAACUAAAUUCUAGCUCAAAACUCUCAAAACUUUGUUUGAUAUUGGUACCAUGUUUUCAGUUUUAAUUUUUUUUUUAAUAUUCCCCCCUUUUAAAAAAUGUUUGAACUACCUAGAAUUGCAUUAAUAAAUAUUUAUUAAAUGUG